AUGAAACUCAUCUUUGUUGUGUUCGGUUUAAUGGUGGCCGGUAUUGUAUCUGCCAAGGAUGUCGAAGUGAUUUCAAACGAAGCCAUUGUGGAACAUGAUGGCAAAUAUCAUUAUCAUUACGAAUUGGGAGAUGGCUCGAAAGCAACUCAAGAUGGCAUCUUGAAACAUGUCGAUGACAAUCACGAAGGUGAGGCCAUUCAGGGAAGAUUUGCCUUCAUUUCCGAUGAUGGCGAAGAAUAUUCCAUUUCAUAUACCGCCGAUGAGAAUGGCUAUCGUCCAGUUGGUGCUCAUUUGCCCACACCACCACCAAUUCCAGAAUCAGUAUUGAAGACAUUGAAAUAUUUGGAAGAACAUCCCUACAACCCAGAUAAAGAACAAAAGAGAUAUCGUUAAAUGCCGG